AUGGCGCUUCUGCGAGGUCUUCUGAAAAAAACACCUUUCCACCGCAUGUAUACCCCAACCACCGCCAUCUGCAGAACAACAUCGUCAGAUGAUAGUUCAGGGUGUCCGAUACCAAAACCAGACCAUCCAUGUAAGAUUAUACACCCCAAGGGCUUAGUUUUAGGAGUGUACACAAAUCCUGAUGACCCAUUUGAUGUUGGUCAACUGACACCGACUGGUCAGAGAUACGACGCAAUGGUAUGUGGUCGCGUAACAGAGCUACUGAAGUAUUCGGCACUUCCAAGGACGGGAGAAGUAAGACUAUUUUACAACCUCGAUCCUGAAUUCAGUAUGGUUGCUGUGGCAGGUUUAGGAAGACAGUGCCAGGGGUACGAUGUUUUUGAACAGAUGGACGAAGGAAAAGAAACCAUUCGUGUGGCUUCUGCACACGGAUGUAAGGCGCUACAAAAGAUGCGAGUACGAAAAGUCUACGUGGAGAGUUUUGGUCAUGCAGAAUCAGCAGCUGAAGGUUGCGCUCUCAGUGUAUGGCUGUAUCAAGAGAAAAAAGCGAAGAAACAUCAAAUAUACAUUCCAACGAUCGAGCUUUAUGACGAUUGCGACUGGACAGGCUGGCAAAUAGGUCUACAAAAAGCUGCUGCACAGAAUCUAUCAAGACAACUGAUGGACUGUCCUUCGAACAUGAUGACUCCCACAACUUUUGCACAGAACGCUGUAGAAGUGCUUUGUAAAUCUGGUAUCAACGUAGAAGUCAAAGUGAGAGGAUGGGCUGAGACUCAGAAGAUGAAUGCAUUCUUAGCGGCGUCUCAAGGAUCUUGCGAGCCACCGAUAUUCUUAGAGCUUAGCUACUAUGGUGCUUGUAAAGAUGAAAGGCCUGUUGUGCUGAUCGGCAAAGGAAUUACUUAUAACAGCGGUGGAAUAUAUUUGAAGGCACCCAACAAGCAAAGAUUUAUGAGAGGUGACAUGGGAGGAGCAGCUUGUGUUGUAGCUGCUUGUAGAGCGAUUGCUGGACUCCAACUGCCUAUAAACGUAAGAGCACUCCUUCCCUUAUGCGAAAACAUGCCUGGAUGUGCUGCAAUGCGACCUGGAGAUAUAGUCAAGGCCAUGAAUGGUAAAAGCAUAAAGAUCGAGUCCACUGAUACAGCAGCUUCUGGAGUUUGGACCAACUCAGAAGCCUUAUGGGAGUACAUGCUUGCAGCUUCGAUGCACACCGGUGACAGAGUUUGGAGGUUUCCUUUAUGGGAUCACUUCACGAAGAUGAUAGCCGGUCACCACGCUGUGGAUACCAAGACAUACGGUAGAGGCGGAAAACCCAGAUGCGGGGAAAAUAACAAAGUGGCCGCUUUCCUCAAUGAGUUUGUCCCAUGUGGAGAUUGGCUGCACAUAGACAGUUACGGUGUCAUGUUUUCUACUGGAGAGGAUUACCCAUAUCUACGCAGGGGAAUGUCUGGAAGACCUACGAGGACCCUCGUGGAGUUCCUAUCACAGUUAGUCUGCCACCGCGAGUAA